AUGUAUGAGCCAUGUCCUAUUGGGACAUACCAGAGAGAGCCUUGGCAGUCUUUCUGUAACUCAUGCGCUCCGUCUUAUUUAACUGAGCGUACAGGAUCCACAAAUGUCUCUGAUUGUAAAUUCUCCUGUCCUGCUGGUCAAGAGAAGAAACCAAACGAGGACAGCUGCAUACAAUGUGUAAUAGGCUAUUUCCGUGAUGGCAUGACUCCGUUUAGCCAAUGUGAAGCUUGUCCAGGCCAGUUUACAACACUGACAGUUGGCUCAGUAUCAGUACAAAACUGUACCUUAUGUAAGAAAUAUUGUGCCAUUGGAUAUUUCAAAGAUAACAAUGAAGAUGUGUUUGGUAACUGCACACGCUGUAGAAAUGCAAGUUAUGUUACUUCUACAGUGGGAUCUAUCUCUAAUGCCAACUGCACAGUUUUAAAUUGUGAGGAGGGAUAUAAGGCAAACCUGACAACACAAACAUGUGUCCCGUGUCCAAGAGGAACAUACCAGGACAAGAAGUACCAGACAGAUUGUCUUGCUUGUCCUACAGACCAGUACACCAGACAAACUAACUCUACAAGACCAGGAGAUUGUGAGACUUACUGUAACUCUGGUUAUGAGAAGAAUGUUAACAGCUGUAAUCCUUGCCAAAGAGGUUAUUACAAGGACAAUAUGGUUGACUUGUUCAUGGCUUGUACGGCCUGUGACAGCACGUAUGUGACACCAGCAGGACCACCAGCCACAAAUGCUAGCCAAUGUACCAUACGCAACUGCCCAGCAGGAAGUUUUAUAAAUGGGGACAACUGCACAUUAUGUCCUAAAGGUUCUUUCCAGGACCAGCCAUGGCAGACUAAUUGCACUGUCUGCGGCCCCAACAGAAACACAGAGAAAGAGGGAGCUACUAACAAUACCAUGUGCUUGUUGAGUUGUCCAGCAGGCACAGAGAAUAAAGGGCUGUCCGAUACAUGUGAUCCCUGCAUGGUGGGAUACUACAAAGAUGUAGAGGCAGCCGCCAGGUGUAGACCCUGUGGAAACUUCUCAGAGAAUGACAUCCAUAUCACUACCACUAAUGGCUCCACAAGCAUUAAUAACUGCACCAAAUUGGUCUGCCUUGCUGGACAUUAUCCUGCUAAUAAUAAAUGUACCCCUUGUGAAUUUGGAACAUUCCAGCCAGUACGGUGGGCAGAUUCUUGCAGCAUCUGUAACCUGUCAUACACAACAUACAUUAGAGGAGCUGUCAGUUCCAGUGACUGUGAAUACAACUGCAGCCUUGGAGAGGAGCUUGUGAAUGGUACUUGUGUCAAGUGUGCAGUAGGAUUUUAUAAUAACAAGACUGACCCUACUCGUAGGCAGUGCUUUCCAUGUCCCAGUGGUCUGAUUACACAGCAGGAAGGUGCAACAUCUGUACUACAGUGUAACAUUGUGGAUUGCUUAACACUGGGUCAGUACCGAGAUGUCGGUGACAACACAUGCAAAGAUUGUCCCAUUGGCCAAUUUCAGGACACUAUCAGACAAACGAAAUGCAAAGGCUGUCCAUUUAAUACUACCACACAGAGUGUAAAGAGCACAUCUGUUGCUGACUGUAAGAAGGACUGUGAAUCAGGAUUUUUUCUGAACAGCACUGACAACACAUGUAUGGCUUGCCCAGAAGGCACUUACCGCAAUAAGACAGAGGGUCACUGGAACUGUUCUGGCUGUGGGGCUAAUUUAACCACAGCCAAGUCUGGUUCAACUAAGCUUUCUGACUGUUCAGUGCGUAA